CAGACAAGGUGCUGGAAACUUUGACAGGCCGUGUAAUUUGAGUUGCCUAUAUCAACUUAAAUCUGGGAAAUAUAAAAGUAACAUAAAAACAUAAUCAAGGACUACUUCUUCACUUUAUAUAAAACAGUCACUAAUUUAGUAUUUAAAUAGUUUUAAAAUUAUUUAACUCCCAAAUACCUUAGGAAAGUAGGUAUUUGUUUUGAUAAAUACAAAUAACAAUUCUGAAAAGUAUUUAAACUGAUUUAAACACCAAGUAUGGUACUCUGUACUUUGUUUACUCUGUAAAUACAAAAAAGUAUUUAAAUUUUGAAAUAUGUACUACCAAUCAGCCCUGAAAAUUAAAAUAUGAGGUCCAUUCAACGAACUGUCAAUACUGAUUCAAUCGGGUCCAUUUAUAUAGGCAACUCAAAUUACACGGCCUGUCAAAUUCUCCAGCACCUUGUCUGUUUCUCUCUAGAACCUCUCUCUUGUAUGUUGGUGGCAAUCUCGCUUCACUAUUUGAAUGGGACAGGGCCAUUCCAUCCGUAUUGACAGUUCAUUGGGUAAUAGCCCUAAUAGCCUAAAUUAUAAAAGUUAAAAGUUGAAGUAAAAUAAAAUUAGUAAAUUGAUAAAUUAAACAGCUAACAAAAUCAAAGCAAACAAUCUUUAAGUCAAUACAAUGGAAGUUAAACAAGAACAAGAUAUUUUUCCGGUAGAAGGAUGCGAGAUGAAAACAGAAGUUAUGGAUUUCCCCAAUGAUUCUUUUCACUCUUCUGUUAAAACUGAGAUUAAAGAGGAAGAGCACCACCACCACCCCCUCAUCUAUGAGGAAGAGGACCAAUAUGUGGCAGAUUCGCUUAACAACGAUACAAAAAGCUCUUUUGUUAAUGGCUGCUCUUCAAACCAAUUAAACAUGGACAUUUCUGUUGGUGAUAUCAAAUUGGAGGAGGAGGAGGAUAAGGCUGAACUAGUACAAAUUGAUAAUGGGUGUCUGGAGAAAGAUACGGAAACAAUCAAAACAUUUGAACAUCCAUGUCAUAAAGAGCAAAAUACAAGUCCGAAAAAAUCUUAUCAAUGUGAAAUUUGUUUCAAGAUAUUUUUUCAAAAAUAUGGUUUAAACAAACACAUGAUAAUCCAUGCUGAAGGAAAAUCUUUCCAUUGUGAAAUAUGCUUCAAGAAUUUUUUUCAAGCAAAUGAUCUAAAAAGACAUGCGCUAACGCACACUGGAGAAAAGCCCUAUCGGUGUAAAUUUUGUUUUAAGUCGUUUUCCCAAAAUGGUUAUUUAAAGGCACAUCUCAGAAAUCACACUGGAGAACAACCACAUCAAUGUGAAAUAUGUUCAAAGUCGUUUUCCCAUGCGAGUAUUUUAAACACACAUAAGAGAAUACACUCUGGAGAUAAACCAUUUGAGUGUGAAAUAUGCUUUAAAUCGUUCUCUCAAUCAGGUGCUAUGAAAAAACAUAUGACAGUACACACUGGAGAGAAACCUUAUCAAUGUGAAAUAUGUUUGAAGUCGUUUUCACAAACAGGUGAUUUAAAAAGACAUACGAAAAUGCACACUGGGAAAAAACCGUAUGAAUGUGAAAUUUGUUUUAAGUCGUUUUCCCAAAAUGUUUAUCUAAAGGCCCAUGCUAGACACCACACUGGAGAACAAUCGCCUUAUCAGUGUGAAAUAUGUUCGAAGUCAUUUUCCCAUGCAAGUAUUUUGAAAACACAUAAUAUGAGAAUGCAUUCUGAAGAGAAUCCAUAUCAAUGUGAAAUUUGUUUGAAGUCGUUUUCCUACGCAAGUCUUUUGAAAAUACACUUGAGAAUACAUACAGGUGAAAAACCUUAUCAAUGUGAAAUUUGUUCGCAGUCGUUUUCAUCAGCGGGUACUUUGAAAGGACAUAUGGAAACACACACUGGAGAAAGGCCUUAUCGCUGUGAAAUUUGUUAUAAGUCUUUUUCAGCGGCAAGAAGUUUAAAAAGACACACGAAAAUGCACACAGGGAAAAAACAGUAUGAAUGUGAAAUUUGUUUCAAGUCGUUUUCCCAAAAUGUUUAUCUAAAGGCACAUGUUAGAAACCACACUGGAGAACAAUCGCCUUAUCAGUGUGAAAUAUGUUCGAAAUCAUUUUCCCAUGCAAGUAUUUUGAAAACACAUAAUAUGAGAAUGCAUUCUGAAGAGAAUCCAUAUCAAUGUGAAAUUUGUUUGAAGUCGUUUUCCUAUGCAAGUCUUUUGAAAAUACACUUGAGAAUACAUACAGGUGAAAAACCUUACCAAUGUGAAAUUUGUUCGCAGUCGUUUUCAUCAGCGGGUACUUUGAAAGGACAUAUGGAAACACACACUGGAGAAAGGCCUUAUCGCUGUGAAAUUUGUUAUAAGUCUUUUUCAGCGGCAAGAAGUUUAAAAAGACACACGGAAAUGCACACAGGGAAAAAACAGUAUGAAUGUGAAAUUUGUUUUAAGUCGUUUUCCCAAAAUGUUUAUCUAAAGGCACAUGUUAGAAACCACACUGGAGAACAAUCGCCUUAUCAGUGUGAAAUAUGUUCGAAAUCAUUUUCCCAUGCAAGUAUUUUGAAAACACAUAAUAUGAGAAUGCAUUCUGAAGAGAAUCCAUAUCAAUGUGAAAUUUGUUUGAAGUCGUUUUCCUAUGCAAGUCUUUUGAAAAUACACUUGAGAAUACAUACAGGUGAAAAACCUUACCAAUGUGAAAUUUGUUCGCAGUCGUUUUCAUCAGCGGGUACUUUGAAAGGACAUAUGGAAACACACACUGGAGAAAGGCCUUAUCGCUGUGAAAUUUGUUAUAAGUCUUUUUCAGCGGCAAGAAGUUUAAAAAGACACACGGAAAUGCACACAGGGAAAAAACAGUAUGAAUGUGAAAUUUGUUUUAAGUCGUUUUCCCAAAAUGUUUAUCUAAAGGCACAUGUUAGAAACCACACUGGAGAACAAUCGCCUUAUCAGUGUGAAAUAUGUUCGAAAUCAUUUUCCCAUGCAAGUAUUUUGAAAACACAUAAUAUGAGAAUGCAUUCUGAAGAGAAUCCAUAUCAAUGUGAAAUUUGUUUGAAGUCGUUUUCCUAUGCAAGUCUUUUGAAAAUACACUUGAGAAAACAUACAGGUGAAAAACCUUAUCAAUGUGAAAUUUGUUCGCAGUCGUUUUCAUCGGCGGGUACUUUGAAAGGACAUAUGACAACACACACUGGAGAAAGGCCUUAUCGCUGUGAAAUUUGUGAUAAAUCGUUUUCAGCGGCAAGAACUUUAAAAAGACACACGAAAAUGCACACUAGAGAAAAAUUCUAUCAAUGUGAGACUUGUUUCAAGUCGUUUCCCAGUGCAAGUGUUGUGAAAGAACAUAUGAAAAUUCACACUUUAGAAAAACCAUCAUUGUGAAAUGUCACAAGUCGUUUUCAAAAACCUUUGUUACGUUGGGAUGUCCACGAGUUACUUUACGCAAAUAUACCUAGGUUCGCAAAUAAAUUAUAGAAAAUAACUUUCGAUUACAGAAAAUUACCCCUAUUAAAAAUACGCAAGUGUUGCUUAAAACAAAGUUUGUAUUUCAAUCUUAUCCGAUGGACGUUACAGAAGACUGUUUUUUAAA